UCCACGUGACAGCGUGAGGCUCCAAGUGACCGCGUGACACUCAAGUCUAUCCACGUGACUUACAGUGUGCUUUAGCACAACGGCAGAAAAAUUUAGACAAGCUUCAUCCCAGAUCAAAUCUUCCUGGUAUGUUUUGUGUUCAGACCUGGUGACGUCACACUGCACUAACCUCAGCUCUAGGAGCAUCAAGUGAACUCACGUGCUGCAUGACCUUCCCCAGUUACGUGAGCUGAAACUGCCUGACGUAAGGCAUGACGCGACAUUACGUGACGUCAUCGACGAUGUCCGAGGAAUCGACCCGACUUCUGGCACCGUCGUCAUACUGUGGACACGCCCACUGGCUGAUGUACUCAGUGACCUUUCUAGCCACCCUUGGAGGGUUCGUCUUGGGCUACGACAUGGGCGUUAUGUCCGGUGCCAUGCUGUACAUCUCUACAUACUUUCAGCUGAGCACCUUCUGGCAAGAAGCGAUCAUCAGCAGCGUCCUAGCAACCGGCGCCAUUGCUGCCCUAAUUUCCGGUUGGCUGUCGGACAAAAUAGGCCGGAAGUUGACCAUCAUGGUGUCCAGUGUUUUUACUGUUAUCGGUGGAGUUGUCAUGGCAACAGCUAAUUCCAAAGAAAUUCUAUUAGCAGGCCGUGCGGUGUCGGGUGUUGGAAUGGGGCUGGCUGGCGUGGCCGUGUCUGUGUAUGUGUCUGAAGUCUCCGAGGCCGGCUCCAGAGGCCGCCAUAUUUUCUUCCAACAAGUCAUGUCCAACGCUGGUAUCCUAGCCAGUGGCCUGCUGUCUGGGGCGUUCUCGUUCCUGCACCCUGACGGAUGGAGGUACAUGCUGGGUAUGAUCGUUGUCCCGGGGGUGGUGCAACUGUGUGGGUUCUGCUUGAUGCCAGAGUCGCCACGCUGGCUGGUCAGUCGUGGACGGACGGACGAUGCCAGACAGGUGCUGACACGUCUCAGAGCUGGAGCAGACGUCAACAAGGAACUCAAGGACAUCCUCAAGGUCGUUGAGGAGGAGAAGACAACUCUUGCUGGUGGCUGCCAGCACUAUGUCCACCUCCUUCGAUCGCCCUCAGUCAGGCGAGCUCUGGCCGUUGGCUGUGGCCUGGUUUUAUUCCAGCAGUGGACAGGCAUCAACUCCGUCUUUUACUACAGCGGCACUGUGAUCAAGAUGGCCGGCUUCCCCACCACACACGCCGUGUGGCUGGUCACGAUCCCAAACUCUGUUUUCUUCAUCGCCUCUUUCAUCGGACUCUACGGCGUCGAGAAGGUGGGCCGGAGACCAAUCCUUAUCGUCAGCAUUUCUGGCACUCUGGUGGGCCUGAGCUUGAUGGCCGUGGGGUUCCAGCUGACCGCCGUCCACUCGCCUCAACUCAACUGGACAGGAUGGGACAGCAACAGCUCUGUAGACUGUAUGGUCAAACACAGGAGCUGCCAGACCUGUACUGAGGACAACUCGUGCGGGUUCUGCUACACCGAUGAGAGUUACGGCACUUGCCUGCCCUCCUUCAAUGCCCAGCGCUCUUUUAAUGGUCCGUGUAACACGUCCACGGGCACUGAAGGUUUCUACAAGUGGGCAUAUCAGUUCUGCCCUAGCAGCUACUCUUGGCUUCCAUUAUUGGGCAUGACGGCUUUUGUUUUGGCAUAUGCCCCAGGCCUGGGACCUGUGACCUGGACGUUGAAUGCUGAGAUCUACCCCCUGUGGGCCAGAAGCUCGUGUAACGCCAUCAGUUCGUGUGUGGGCUGGCUGUGUAACAUCAUCUUCACCCUCAACUUUCUCACGCUGGCAGAGAACAUCACCAUGUACGGCACGUGCUGGCUGUUCGUGGCACUGACGGUCGUGGGCGUCACCUUCGUCGUCCUGCAGGUGCCAGAAACCAGGAACAAAAGUCUGGAGGAGCUGGAGGAACUUUUCACAGACAGACUCCACAAAGACAGCCCAGCACAGAUGACGUCACAGACAGACACAACAAAGACAGCCCAGCACAGAUGACGUCACAGACAGACUCCACAAAGACAGCCCAGCACAGAUGACGUCACAGACUCCACAAAGACAGCCCAGCACAGAUGACGUCACAGACAGACUCCACAAAGACAGCCCAGCACAGAUGACGUCACAGACAGACUCCACAAAGACAGCCCAGCACAGAUGACGUCACAGACUCCACAAAGACAGCCCAGCACAGAUGACGUCACAGACUCCACAAAGACAGCCCAGCACAGAUGACGUCACAGACAGACACAACAAAGACAGCCCAGCACAGAUGACGUCACAGACAGACUCCACAAAGACAGCCCAGCACAGAUGACGUCACAGACACAACAAUGACAGCCCAAAAGAGUCUCAAUAUUGGUCUCUGCGACGUUACAUACCACCUUUGUACCACCGUUUUACCACCUUUGUACCGACGUUGUACCACCGUUGCACCGACGUUGUACACCUUUGUACCGUCGUUGUACACAUUUGUACCACCGUUGCACCGACGUUGUACACCUUUGUACCGUCGUUGUACACAUUUGUACCGCCGUUGUACCGACGUUGUACUUAUUUGUACCGAUGUUGUUUAUAUUUGUACCGACGUUGUACCACAGUUGUACCGACGUUGUACACCUUUGUAUCGACAUUGUACCACCUUUGUACCGACGUUGUAUACCUUUGUACCGACGGUGUACACCUUUGUACCGACGUUGUACCACCUUUGUACAAUCUUUGUACCAUGGUUAUACCAGCUUUGUGCCGACGUUGUACCACCCAUGUCUCACCUUUAUACCACCGUUGUACAACCUUUGUACCCGUUGAACCACCUUUGUAAAACCUUUGUACCGUCAUUUUACCUCCUUUGUACCGACGCUGUACCACCUUUGUACUGACGUUACACUUUAUUUACGUUUAGUUUUGCCGCAAAUGGUACCCUAGAUAUGCUCCUACUUGUCAAAUGUAAAAAGCAAUGUUUCUCAAAUCUAUUUAUGUCGUGAGGUCGUUUAAUGAAUUGAUAGAUUAUAAAUAUGAAGCAUUUGAUGA